GAGCCGGAUCCUUUUUCGGUUUCUGGCUUACAAGAUGACCAAGAAGAGGAGGAACAACGGGCGUGCCAAGAAGGGCCGCGGCCACGUGCAGCCCAUCCGCUGCACCAACUGCGCCCGCUGCGUGCCCAAGGACAAGGCCAUCAAGAAGUUCGUAAUCCGCAACAUCGUGGAGGCCGCGGCCGUCAGGGACAUCUCCGAGGCCAGCGUCUUCGACUCCUACGUGCUGCCCAAACUGUAUGUGAAACUACAUUACUGUGUGAGCUGCGCGAUCCAUAGCAAAGUAGUGAGAAAUCGAUCCCGUGAGGCAAGAAAGGAUCGGACACCCCCACCCCGCUUCAGACCUGCAGGUGCUGCCCCCAGACCCCCUCCAAAGCCUAUGUAAAGAGCUCUAUCUGCCCAUUGAACCACUGAACCACUCAGAGGAAAAUAAAAUGGUUGGUUUACCUUA